GGCGAGGCGAGGCUUGUUGAGGCAAGGCGGCGGCCGGGCCGGGCCGGGCCACAGGCGGUGGCGGCGGGACUAUGGAGGCAGCGGCCGCUACUCCGCGUCCCCGGCUGCUCCUCCUCAUGCUGGCGGCGGCGGCCACGCUGGUCCCGGAGGCAACGGCAUUACAAUGUUUCUGCCACCUUUGUACAAAAGACAAUUUUACUUGUGUCACAGAUGGGCUUUGCUUUGUCUCUGUGACAGAGACCACAGACAAAGUUAUACAUAACAGCAUGUGUAUAGCUGAAAUUGACCUAAUUCCACGAGACAGGCCAUUUGUAUGUGCACCAUCUUCAAAAACUGGGCAUGUAACUACAACAUAUUGCUGCAAUCAGGACCACUGCAAUAAAAUAGAACUUCCAACUGUUGGAAAGCCACCCUCUGGCCUUGGUCCCGUGGAGCUGGCAGCGGUCAUCGCUGGGCCCGUCUGCUUUGUCUGCAUCUCACUCAUGCUGAUGGUCUACAUCUGCCACAACCGCACCGUCAUCCACCACCGAGUGCCGAACGAAGAGGACCCCUCGCUGGAUCGCCCUUUUAUUUCAGAGGGCACGACGCUAAAAGAUUUAAUUUACGACAUGACAACGUCGGGUUCUGGAUCAGGUUUACCAUUGCUUGUUCAGAGAACAAUUGCGAGAACUAUUGUGUUACAAGAAAGUAUUGGCAAAGGCCGUUUUGGAGAAGUUUGGCGAGGAAAAUGGAGAGGAGAAGAAGUGGCUGUUAAAAUAUUCUCUUCGAGAGAAGAACGUUCAUGGUUCCGUGAGGCAGAGAUUUAUCAGACUGUCAUGUUACGUCACGAAAACAUCUUGGGAUUUAUAGCAGCAGACAAUAAAGACAAUGGCACAUGGACUCAGCUCUGGUUGGUGUCAGAUUAUCAUGAGCAUGGAUCCCUUUUUGAUUAUUUGAACAGAUACACAGUUACUGUGGAAGGAAUGAUAAAACUUGCCCUGUCCACAGCAAGUGGACUUGCCCAUCUUCACAUGGAGAUAGUUGGUACCCAAGGAAAACCAGCGAUAGCUCAUAGGGAUUUGAAAUCAAAGAAUAUCUUGGUAAAGAAGAAUGGAACGUGCUGUAUUGCAGACUUGGGAUUGGCAGUAAGGCACGAUUCGGCCACAGAUACCAUCGACAUUGCUCCAAACCACAGAGUGGGAACAAAAAGGUAUAUGGCCCCUGAAGUUCUAGAUGAUUCCAUAAAUAUGAAACACUUUGAAUCCUUCAAACGCGCUGACAUCUAUGCGAUGGGACUAGUAUUCUGGGAAGUAGCUCGACGGUGUUCCAUCGGUGGAAUUCAUGAAGAUUACCAGCUGCCUUAUUAUGAUCUUGUACCUUCUGAUCCAUCAGUUGAAGAAAUGAGAAAAGUUGUUUGUGAACAGAAGUUAAGGCCAAAUAUUCCAAACAGAUGGCAGAGCUGUGAAGCCUUGCGAGUAAUGGCUAAAAUUAUGAGAGAAUGUUGGUAUGCCAAUGGCGCAGCUAGGCUUACAGCCCUGCGGAUUAAGAAAACAUUGUCACAACUCAGUCAGCAGGAAGGCAUCAAAAUGUAAAUUAUGUGGCUCUGCCUGAACUCUGCUUCUUCUUCAGAUCUGCUCCUGGGUUUUACUUUGGGAGGUCAGUUGUUCUACCUCACUGAGAGGGAAGAGGAGGAUAUGGCUUCCUUUUACGGCGAUGUAGAAAGGUGAACUAAGGCGUCCCAGCAUUUCUUCAGGCCCAGGAAGCCACCAUGUGGGGUCCUUUCUGUGUGCGACGAACACUUUCCCAGGACAGUUACAAAGUGUUGUGUAGGCUACCUUUAUUUUUUAUUAACACAAACCUUGUUUUUUUAAAUGAUUGCUGGUCUUAACUUUAGGUAACUGCUGUGCUGAAGAUCAUCUUUAAGGGUAAAGGAGCUGGAUGGCUGAGUUAUAUGAAACAUUUCUUAUUUUUAAAAAAAGUGAUUUCUCCUGGUUAGUACAUUCUCAGAGGAUUCUGAACCACUAAAGAGUUUCUUUGAUUUAGACUUUGAAUGUACUGUUCUAUAAUUUUCAGGAUCUUAAAACUAACACUUAUAAACUCUUGAGUCUAAAAAUGACCUCAUAUAGUAGUGAGGAACAUAAUUUAUGCAAUUGUAUUUUGUAUAUUAUUGUUCUUUCACAUAUUCAGAACAUUACAUGCCUUCAAAAUGGGAUUGUACUACACCAGUAAGUGCCACUUCUGUGUCUUUCUAAUGGAAACGAGUAGAAUUGCUUAAAGUCUGUGUGGUAAACCUGUCAUGUUUUAACUCAGAAGUUUAUUUACCUGGAUAACCCAGACUUACUCUGUUUUGUUUUCUGGAAGAGUUUUUCUGGUAUGUUAUUUGGUAUUCCAUUUUGAAAAUGCCUUUCUUCUACCAAAAUGUGCUUAAACCACUAAAGAAAUGAAAUGGCAUUAAUUGGUAAAUUGUUAUCAUGGUCAUAAGUAUUCUCAUCAAGUUUUUGCAUUUUAAUUGUAUUGUCUAAGUACACUUUUAAAAAAUCAAGUGGCACUCUUGAUGCUUAUAGUACUUUAAUAACUUAAAAUCUGUAGCAUACAGACAAAUUUUUCUAAAAGGGAAAAUUUGUCUAGCUGCUUGUGAAAAGUUGUGUGGCAUUCUGUAAGCCAUUUUUUUCUUUAUCCAAUCAAAGACAGUGUUAUUUUUUUAAGAAAUGAAUUACGUUUAAAAUUAGAAUAUGGUUAAUGUUAAAUAGGCUUCUUUCUAGGAAGGUAAAGGUAGUUGAUAAUUUGAAUAGUAACAGGUAUGUGAGAGUCACGUUGUUGUGUAGGAAUCACUGUUCUGUGGACUUUCUGUCUUUGUAGCUAAGGUUAGGGUCAGUGUGGUUUUGAGGUCGCACUACACUUUGAGGAAGGCAGCUUUUAAUUCAGUCUUUCCUUCUUUGUGCAGAUACUGCAACUGCCUAAUUUAUAUGGCUAUGGAGUGAAUUUGGUGUACCCUCAAUAUUUGGGAAAGUGAUAGCUAAGGAAUAUUCCAAGGAUAGAUUCUCUAUUUACAGAUGUUUAUGGUGAAAUUAAAUGUUUAAAGCAAAUCUGUCAUGGCCUUCUCACAUGAAGUUGAAAUUAGCUUAUAAUAACUGGUUUUACUUCCAGUGCUAAAAGUCUUUGCAGGAUUUCUACAAUUGUUCAAAGUCCUCUUUAUCACUGUGAUCUUAAUCUGAGGGAGGAAAGUCUAUCGUAGCUGUGAGGCAAGACCAUACCUUAUAGAGCUAUCAAUUUCCUGAUGAAAGGGUCAGAGUAACCUUUACAGUAUUUUGGUCAGGAAGAGAUAGUGGCCAUUUAUGCUGACUGAGCUGCAUUCUGAUAACGUCUUAUUUCUUAUACAUAGAAAAAAUCUGAAAGACUGUUUGGUCUUAAAGCCAAAGUAAUUUUAGAAUGAAUGACAUACUUCAUAGGAAUUUAGUGUCAAUUUCAUGUGUUUAAAAACAACAUGGGGAAAAUAUUGUUUAGAGGUUAAUAUUUUGAGUCCAAAUUUGAGUUUUUCUGUAGUUACCAUGAUUUCAUCAAAGCAAAUGAGUGAGUUUGAGAGGUUUGUUUUUAUAAUUGUGUUACGUUUCCUGUUUAAUAAUCUCUAGCUCUAUGAUCAGGUACUUUUCUUUUUUUUUUUUUUUUGGCCAUUUACAAGCCUACCAGAUCUGCUUUAUGAAAUCCAGGGGACCAAUGCAUGUUAAUCACUAAAACUAUUUUUAUAUAAUUUUAAGAACAUACCAAAAGUUCUUGUCUGAUUUAAAGUUGUGAUACAUGAUUUCUCAGUUUCAUAUAAGGUAAAAUCAACUUUUGCUGAAGAUAUUCUUUAUUAAGUCAAAAAAUGAGUUACAAUUUUACUGUUCAGCCUAAAUGUAUAAAAUCUACUUUUGAUGUUAUCAGGGAACUUUAAAAAAGUUGGAAUUUAGUUCUAAAUUGGGUUUACAUGUUACUCUAGCUGAUUCCUUUUUUUUUUUUCCCCAACAAAUGAAGGUUUGACAAACCCCAAUUGGCUAGUAUUGAAAAUGAAAGUAACUGAAAAUAUUUAUGGAUCAUGAUUGCUAUGGCUAUUCCUGCAGAAAAAUUUGACUGGAGAAAUAUAUUUAAAAACACAAGUCGUUGUGUUUACACUAUCUUUCUUCAGAUGCUCACUUUCCAAGGUUCAGCUUGGCUAAAGUAACCUUCAGGCAGACUGUCCAUGUCCACUGCCAGUGCCCCCAGAGGAAUGGGGACGAGGGGUGCGCCCAGCUUCCUGGGGUGCAGACAACCCUGGUCUUCUCCUCACACCUUGGCCCUGCCCCCCCUGACUGCCUUCCUGCUGGGCCUGCCUCUGAGUGGGCUGGCAGCUCUGGCAGUGGGAGUUGUGCCCGAAGCAGUGGCCAGCGUGUCUUCCGCAGGACGGGGUAAGGUCCAAGGAGCUGAGCCUGUAGUUACGCUGUAAUGAUGGUGCUCAGGAAGUGCCUUGAGUCAGGACACAGUGCUAUGGUCAUCGAGAACUCAAGUUUCCAUUCUUAAAAAAUGCCAGUGGUCACUUGGCCAUUUUGCUGCUCAUGCUGGAGUUAACCUUUUUUCCCCUCUACCUUAAAGAACUGUCACAUACAGAAUAAUUUGUAAAACAAGAUGAUAAGUGCUAAUUAAAACUCAAAACAACAUGAGGAUCCCGUCAGACAUGUCAUAUCAAGAGUUUAUUUUUACCCCUCCACUGAAGAGUGAUUGUUAGUAAACUAUUUCUUGACCAUGGCAGUGCUCUGGCUCCAGAUGGUGAGAGUCCAAAUAAUGGUUCUGUCACAGCUUGGCAGGAAAAUGCCAGUUCGGAUGCUUUUGAGAGUGUAAACAAUAGCUCGUGACGUGUCCUGCAGCCUCUUCGUCUGUGUUGGGAUGCUGUGAUUCCCAUGGGCCCUCUCCAGAAAUGCUGGGCUUCUAGGACAUUCUGAGGACUGUCAGCACAGUUAAACCUUUAGCCCUAUUAUGCAGUCUUAUUUGUAACUGUAAACUUAAAAAAAAAGUGGUUAACAACAUUCAACCAGUUUCUCAAAGCUUAAAAAGAACUUCAGUGAAUGUUUUUAUUUUUAAACAAGAUUUGUGAAUUGAGUAUCAUGAACUGUGUUUUGAUAUCCCUUUUUCACAUUGUGCCAAUGGAAUGGGGUGUUUGAUAUUUCUUUACAUGUCAAGGAGAUGCUUCAAAAUGUCAAUUGCUUUAAACUUAAAUUACCUCUCAAGAGACCAAGGUACAUUUACCUCAUUGUAUAUAUGAUGUUUAAUAUUUGUCAGAGCAUUCUCCGGGUUUGCAGUUUUAUUUCUAUAAAGUAUGAGUAUUAUGUUGCUAAAUUACUCAAAUGGUACUGUACUGUUUAUAUUUGUACCCCAAAUAACAUCUAUACUUUGUUUUCUGUAUUUUAUUGUAUUUGUGCAAAAUUCUUUUGGCUUUAUCACUGUAAUCUCUGCCCCUUUAAGAUGUGUACAAAAAAUGUCCAUAUAAAUUUUCACUUACGUUGAAUGAUUUUGAGAAACCUGUAAAGAGGUGAGGAAAAUGAAAACUGCAGUUCCCCAUAAGUUUUUAUAAAUUGUAUACUGUAUUUGUAGUAAUAUUCUGAACGAACUGUAAAUAGGUAGAAGAAUAACGCUUAUGUCAAGUCCUAACACUACAGUAGAAAAACGGAAGCAAUGCAAAUAAAUUACUUUUUUUCCCAA